GAGAAUUUUACCGGUAUUUUGCAAAAAUGGCAUUAACGUCACGUUUCUACAGUGAAAAAUAUCCCGAAGUGGAAGAUGUUGUCAUGGUCAAUGUCCUCUCCAUUGCCGAAAUGGGCGCCUAUGUGCAUUUAUUGGAAUACAACAAUAUCGAGGGUAUGAUCCUGCUCUCGGAAUUGUCCCGUCGUCGUAUUCGUUCCAUUAACAAAUUGAUUCGUGUUGGCAAAACCGAACCGGUCGUUGUCAUACGUGUGGACAAAGAAAAAGGUUAUAUUGAUCUGUCAAAGCGACGUGUGUCACCCGAAGAUGUGGAAAAGUGUACAGAACGCUUUGCAAAGGCAAAGGCUGUGGAUCUACUAUUGCGUCAUGUUUCCAAUUUGUUGGGUUACGAGACCAGCGAACAGUUGGAAGAGCUAUAUCAGAAGACUGCCUGGCAUUUUGAAAAGAAAUACAAUAGCAAAUCGGCUGCCUAUGAUAUCUUCAAACAGUCGGUGGAAGAUCCCACCGUGUUCGAUGAAUGCGAUUUGGAUGAGAAGACCAAGGAAGUGUUGCUGAACAAUGUCAAGCGUAAAUUGGUAUCGCCCACAUUGAAAAUCCGUUCCGAUAUUGAGUGUUCGUGUUACGGUUAUGAGGGUAUUGAUGCUGUGAAGGCGGCUCUCAACAAGGGUUUGGAAUUGAGCAAUGAAGAGUUGGUUAUACGCAUUAAUUUGAUUGCGCCACCACUUUAUGUUAUGACCACCUCAACCACCAAGAAGGCAGAAGGUUUGAAAAUUUUGGAACAGGCCAUUGAAAAUAUCCGUACCAAAAUCCAAGAAUAUGGUGGUGAAUUUAAGGUGGUUAUGCCACCCAAAUUGGUUACUGCCAUUGAUGAGGCCGAAUUGGCUCGGCGCUUGCAAAAGGCUGAAGCUGAAAAUGCCGAAGUUGGCGGUGAUGAUGAUGAAGAGGAAGAUGAAGAAGGCAUGUCAUUUGAUCCCGAAAAUGAAUCUAUUAAUAAUAAGGGUGGCCGCCACUCAGCCAAGAGUAAUGAUGACGAUGACGAGGAUGAUGAUGAUGACGAUGAGGAAUAA